UGUUCUCUCUAUAGAAUUCAUGGCUAUUAUGUUAAGACCUGCAUCCCACAGUGGACAAUGCAGCUCAAGCAUCGUGAGUUCCUUUUGGCUAGGUGUAUUACCCAAUGGAAACCAACCAGAGAAGAUCCCCACAGGGAAGUUGUUCUUGAAGUUUGUCUUUUACCUGCACUGCACUUUACUAUAGAGAUUCCUCCUAUCAGCUAUUGCACUACCAUGUGUUAAAGGGGUACUUUGCCCCUAGACAUCUUAUCCCCUAUCCCGCUCGGGAACCCCGCGAUCUCUGUGCUGCAACCGGCAUUCGUUUAGAGCAUCGGGUUCAGCCCCGGAGGCUCAUAACUUCACGGCUGCGCCCUGCUCGUGAUAUCAUGGCCACACCCCCUCAAUGCAAAUAUAUGGGAGGGUGCUUUACCGUGCCGUCACAAGCCUCCGCCCCGCAUCGCCAGUCAUCUGGCACGGAGCGAAGUUCGCUCCGUGUAACGGAUGUCUGGGAUGCUGCAGCCGAGAUCGCGGGGGUCACCAGCGGCGGGACCCUUGUGAUCAGACAUCUUAUCCUCUACCAUAUGUAUAGGGGAUAAGAUGUCUAGGGGAUUAGUACCCCUUUAAUGCAACUUACUGUGCCUUCAAGUACUAUGAAAGAAUUAAUUGCCAAUUUUAUCCAGUAAAAACUAUCAAGUUGUUCCAUAAGUCUGGUUGAAUCAGUGCACUUCCAAAACCACGGGUACACCCCACUUUUCAAAUCCCAGACAUACUACACAGGCUGUGCCCCAGGAGGGUGAUUUUCACCAACUCCUUUGUACUCCCUUUACUAUGGAGAAGUGGGUCAGAUAGCCGAGGGCUGCUGUAUUGGCUUUAGUCGGUAUAUGACAUGUAUGUGUCAGUAUAGACAAAGGUUAUAUGAGGUUAUCUAUCACUUAUCAGUCAGUCACAUCAUAACGUGUCUCCGAUGAGAUAACAUGCCUUCUGGUCAUAUGUCCCUAAAUAUUAACACUGUAUAUAACAAAAAUGUGUAGACUUUAUUCUGUAUAUGGACUGUAGACAAUUCUCUGACACAUAGAUUUAGUGUGAUACCGAUAAUAGAUAUGAGUGGUUUCCGUACAUAUGACUGAUGGCGGGUAUUGUCAUGUGUGGUUGACUAUAAAGCCUUACUUCGUUCGUAUCUAAGUCAUACUUUGCUGAGACUAAGACCUGGAGACGGUGAGGAUUCAGGCCUGGUGCAAGGAUUUUUGCCACCCUAGUCGAAAUCCCAUCCCGAUGUAUGGAGGCACGCGCAAUGUUGGAGAUCUGACCUUAGUGAUCGCCCCUGUCUACCUCGGAAGUGGCACUGCGCUCCUCCAGCACGCUGAAAAAUGCUCAUUAUUAUAGUACGGGUGGAGUGGGGGUAGCAUGGUGGGGUUUUGCUUGAUGGGAGGGUGCUUUAGAUGCUGGCUAACUUUAUUGCAGCUAACAGAGUGGCGCCCUUAUAAAGAGGGUGCUCUAGGCGGCUGCCUAUUUUGCCUAUAGGCAGAACCGGCCCUGUGAGGAUUAUGAACAUUUUGCUAACAAACCUAUGUCUGGAGCACAAUACUGUCGUCCAUUGGGCAUUUUUGUUGGUUUCAAUGGGGAGAGGAGAACAUAGGAUUCAACAUGGCUGAUUCUUCUGUCCUCCUGCACUGACAGGGGACACUCAACCAACCAUACAUGAAGUGGGCCUAUAAGCAUUACAUUGUCUGAUGGGUCAACCAAGAUGGUGGGAUCUGCCAACAAAUAUGUAAUGUAGCUUUGUGUAUUUUGGCUUAUGGGCUUCUACUCGAUAGAUCAUGUUGUAGAUGUGUAAAGUUGGGUUCUGGAGUGAUGUUUGAGGCUAUGGGGUUUAGAUUUGAUCUCCUUGUUUCUUCUCUAUUUUACCCUGUGUUCUAGAUGUUUCCACUAUUUCUUGGGGCUCUGUUAGUGGGUAUGCCCCCAGCAGAGGCGGCUCCCAGGGCAGAUGAAAUCUUUGACCUGCCUGGUCUCCAUACAAAACCAUCAUUUCGGCAAUUUUCUGGAUUCCUAAAGGCAUCAAGUGGAAAAUACCUCCAUUACUGGUUUGUGGAGUGUCAGGAAGAUCCCAAGUCGUGUCCUCUGGUCUUGUGGCUGAAUGGAGGUCCUGGGUGCAGCAGCCUCGCUGGUUUAUUAACCGAACAUGGUCCUUUCCUGAUCCAUCCAGAUGGAAGAACCCUGAAGAACAAUGAACAUUCCUGGAAUAAGAUUGCAAAUGUUCUCUACCUGGAAUCCCCUGCUGGAGUUGGGUUUUCCUAUUCUGAUGACAAAAAAUAUGUCACUGGUGACAAAGAGGUGGCUCACGAUAACUACUUGGCACUGAAGGAUUUUUUUCGCCUUUUUCCUGAGUUCACAGAAAAUUAUUUUUACAUAGCGGGGGAGAGUUAUGGGGGAUUUUAUGUGCCUUCUCUGGCGGUGGAAGUAACCAAGGACAGCAGUAUAAACUUAAAGGGCCUUGCUAUAGGAAAUGGGAUUACAGAUUAUAAAUUGAACGACAUCUCCCUUAUGUAUUUUGCAUAUUAUCAUGGUUUGAUCCACAUAAAGGAAUGGUCACUGCUGGAGUCCGUUUGCUGUAAGAAGAAGGUUUGCACUUUUUUUGAUACCAAGGUCAAGGCCUGUAAGACUGCAGUUUCUUCGGUGCUGCCAAAUAUUUUUAACCCCAAAGAGAACAUAUAUAAUCUUUAUCAUCCGUGUGUGGGGGGAGAACCUGGCGAGAUCAGAGACUAUGGGGACCAUAUUAAAGCCUAUUUGCCUGGUAUAUUGUCUACUGAAGGUUAUUCCGAACUCAGUAAGAAGCUAAGGAACAUGUCUGGACUAAACAAACCAAUAUUAUUGUCCUUUCCUUGUGUGGAUUAUACAAGCCUCACCACCUACCUGAACAACCCAGAGGUGCGAUCGGCAUUACACAUCCCGAAUGGAUUGCCCAAGUGGGAGAUCUGCAACAAGGAUGUAUUUGGGGAUUUUGAGAGAGAGUUGGAGAACUCACGUGACCUAUACCGUCAGCUCCUGAUGAAGAAGGAGUACCGCGUCCUGGUGUACAGUGGAGAUUUCGACAUGGCGUGCAACUUUCUGGGUAUUGAGUGGUUUGUGGACUCUCUUAACCUUAAGUCACAGGGAUCGUACCAUCCUUGGAUGUGCCAUGAUGGAAAGACGUCACAGAUUUCCGGUUAUGCCAAACAAUAUGCCAACCUCACUAUUCUAACUGUGAAGGGAGCCGGUCACAUGGUGCCAGAAGACAAACCUUUCGAAGCUUUUCAGAUGUUCAGACAAUUCAUCAAUAAUGAGCCCUUCUAGAUCUUCCUGUCCGCACUGUAUCCCUCCAGACUGCUUCCCUGUUACCGUUCACAU